AUUCAUCUGUCGAAAUUUAGUCGAAAACCAAAAAUCAACAAAACAAUUUUAAAGAGUUGAAAAUAUAAAAAAAGUUUUCACAAAGAUGCCUGAAAUAAAAGUUAAAGAAUUUGAUCCUGAACUAUUGCCAGAUAUGCUGCCUGUCUAUUACAAACGUUUGUUUCCUCACAAGCAAUUUUAUCGUUGGCUGUCAUACAAUAAUUCAUUGCAACAUGAACUUGUUUUUGAUAUCGAUUUGACUGACUACGAUGAUGUUAGAACUUGUUGUAGUGAAGCAAACAUUUGCAAUAAAUGCUGGAAGUUCAUGUCAGUCGCUUGUAAAGUCAUCGAUGUCGCACUUCGUGAUGAUUUCGGGUUUGAACAUAUUUUGUGGGUUUUUAGUGGACGUCGAGGAAUUCAUUGUUGGGUGAGUGAUAAGCAAGCUCGCCAGUUGGAUACAAAAGGCCGUGGAGCAAUCGCUGAUUAUCUGCAAGUGUCAAUGAGUGGAGGUGAAGGAUCAACAACAAAAGUUGCACUUUACGAUAAACAACAUCACAGCAUUAAACGAGCACGAAGCAUAAUUGAACCGCUUUUUGAUGAAAUCAUUGUUGAAGAUCAAGACGCUUUUGGAACAACACAAGGAGUUGAGAAACUUCUCAAAAUGAUCCCCGAUGAGAAUUGUCGCAAAGAUCUCGAACAACAAUUGACAUCAAGUAUGAAAGAUUCCCGAACUGUUUGGAGUUCAUUUAAAGGAUACUUUGAGUCACUUAGAGUUCGAUCUCAACUUAAACCGAAGCUUAAAUAUGUUGUUGAGGAGGUUCAAAUGGCGAUGCUUUAUCCUCGUCUUGAUAUCAAUGUUAGUAAAGCAACAAAUCAUUUAUUGAAGUCGCCAUUCUGCAUUCAUCCGAAAACGGGAAAAGUUUGCGUUCCUUUCAAUCCAAAUCUUGUGCAAAAGUUCGAUCCAAUAAAUGUUCCAACGAUUAGCUUGUUACUUGAUGAAAUUAAUGAGUUUGAUGGGAAACGAAAUGAAAUUGCCGAGACGCCAGAAGACAAAAGUCGAAUUAAAGACUACAAGAAGACUUCGAUGUUCAAAGGAAUCACAAUUUUCGAGGAAUUCCUCAGAAAGCUUGAACAAAGUCUGAAGUCUCAAGCAAUCACAAUCAGCGAUAAGAAAAUGGAUUUCUAA